UGCACCUGAACAGAGCACCAGACCCCCUAAGCUGAGGCAGGCAGGCCCUGGAGAUAAUCUUAGGCAGGCCUCAGAGCACCCACAGCAGACAGAGCAGGAGCAGGAUAGGUGAGCCCCAUUCCUCCAUACCCCAGGGAACACUACACCUGCUCUGGGAUGCAAUUUCUCCACCUGGCAACAGGCCUGCAAAACAUUCUCUGGAAGAGCCUGGCCACUUCUGCAGAUUAGAGACUUUGUUGCGCCCAAAUUCAAGUGUACAUAUAGGCACAGGCACCUGCAAGCAUGCAUGUACACACACAGUCAUACACAGGCAGAGAUGGACAUGCACAGGCACACAUAUGCGCAGGUACAAACAGGCAUGUUUACACCCCUGCGUAUAAGCAAGUGCACACAUGCAAACAUACACAAACUGCAAAACACACAAGCCUAUGUGUGCAUGAAGAGAAUACACAAAGCAUAUUCAUACAUGCAUACACAUGUAUAUACAUGUGCACACAUACAUAAGCAUGCGCAUAGGCACGUGAUUCCUAUAAGAGCACAUGCACUCACAAAGGCAUAAACAUGCAGGCACACAUGUACACACAGGUAUUCAUGCACAAACGUGUCAAGUUAUUGCUCGCUUGGUGCCAGCAAAAGACACACCCAUGGCCGGGCGAGGUGGCUCACACCUGGAAUCCCAGCACUUUGGGAGGCCGAGGUGGGUGGAUCACAAGGUCAGGAGAUCGAGACCAUCCUGGCCAACAUGGUGAAACCCCGUCUCUACUAAAAAUACAAAAAAAAUUAGCUGGGUAUGGUGGCACAUGCCUGUAAUCCCAGCUACUUGGGAGGCUGAGGCGGGAGAAGCUUAAACCAGGGAGUUGAAGGUUGCAGUGAGCCAAGAUCGUGUCACAGCACUCAAGCCUGGCAACAGAGUGAAACUCUGUCUCAAAAAAAAAAAAAAAAAAAAAAGGCCGGGCACGGUGGCUCAUGCCUGUAAUCCCAGCACUUUGGGAGGCCGAGGCGGGCAGAUCACGAGGUCAGGAGACCGAGACCAUCCUGGCUAACACGGUGAAACCCUGUCUUUACUAAAAUACAAAAAAAGUAGCCCGACGUAGUGGCGGGCACCUGUUGUCCCAGCUACUCAGGAGGCUGAGGCAGGAGAAUGGCGUGAACCCGGGAGGUGGAGCUUGCAGUGAGCUCAGAUUGCGCCACUGCACUCCAGCCUGAGCAACAGAGCAAGACUCCAUCUCAGAAAAAAAAAAAAAAAAAGACACAUACACCGAGGCACACAGAGCAGAUAUGCAUGCCCACCACAGUCCGUUGGAAGCAGAGGACCUCCUUGGGGCAGCUCCAGCCUGUGAUAUGAGAUGAAUGCAAUGCCCACUGUUUCCCUCUCUCUGGAUUCCCUGCAGGUCAUAAAAUCCCAGUCCAGAGUCACCAGCCCUUCUUAACCACUUCCUACUGUGUGACCCUUUCAGCCUUUACUUCCUCAUCAGUAAAAUGAGGCUGAUGACAUGGGCAUCCAUACUCCAGGGCCAGUGUGAGCUUACAACAAGAUAAGGAGUGGUGCUGAGCCUGGUGCCGGGCAGGCAGCAGGCAUGUUUCUCCCAAUUAUGCCCUCUCACUGCCAGCCCCACCUCCAUUGUCCUCACCCCCAGGGCUCAAGGUUCUGCCUUCCCCUUUCUCAGCCCUGACCCUACUGAACAUGUCUCCCCACUCCUAGGCAGUGCCAGGGCCUCUCCUGGAGGGUUGCGGGGACAGAAGGACAGCAGGAGUGCAGAGUCAGCAGUUGAGGGAUUGGGGCUAUGCCAGCCCGAUUAGAAGGGUUGGGGGGGCUGAGCUGGAUUCACCUGUCCUUGUCUCUGAUUGGCUCUUGGACACCCCUAGCCCCCAAAUCCCACUAAGCAGCCCCACCAGGGAUUGCACAGGUCCGUAGAGAGCCAGUUGAUUGCAGGUCCUCCUGGGGCCAGAAGGGUGCCUGGGAGGCCAGGUUCUGGGGAUCCCCUCCAUCCAGAAGAACCACCUGCUCACUCUGUCCCUUCGCCUGCUGCUGGGACCAUGGGGGCUGGGGCCAGUGCUGAGGAGAAGCACUCCAGGGAGCUGGAAAAGAAGCUGAAAGAGGACGCUGAGAAGGAUGCUCGAACCGUGAAGCUGCUGCUUCUGGGUGCGGGUGAGUCCGGGAAGAGCACCAUCGUCAAGCAGAUGAAGAUUAUCCACCAGGACGGGUACUCGCUGGAAGAGUGCCUCGAGUUUAUCGCCAUCAUCUACGGCAACACGUUGCAGUCCAUCCUGGCCAUCGUACGCGCCAUGACCACACUCAACAUCCAGUACGGAGACUCUGCACGCCAGGACGACGCCCGGAAGCUGAUGCACAUGGCAGACACUAUCGAGGAGGGCACGAUGCCCAAGGAGAUGUCGGACAUCAUCCAGCGGCUGUGGAAGGACUCCGGUAUCCAGGCCUGUUUUGAGCGCGCCUCGGAGUACCAGCUCAACGACUCGGCGGGCUACUACCUCUCCGACCUGGAGCGCCUGGUAACCCCGGGCUACGUGCCCACCGAGCAGGACGUGCUGCGCUCGCGAGUCAAGACCACUGGCAUCAUCGAAACGCAGUUCUCCUUCAAGGAUCUCAACUUCCGGAUGUUCGAUGUGGGCGGGCAGCGCUCGGAGCGCAAGAAGUGGAUCCACUGCUUCGAGGGCGUGACCUGCAUCAUCUUCAUCGCGGCGCUGAGCGCCUACGACAUGGUGCUAGUGGAGGACGACGAAGUGAACCGCAUGCACGAGAGCCUGCACCUGUUCAACAGCAUCUGCAACCACCGCUACUUCGCCACAACGUCCAUCGUGCUCUUCCUUAACAAGAAGGACGUCUUCUUCGAGAAGAUCAAGAAGGCGCACCUCAGCAUCUGUUUCCCGGACUACGAUGGACCCAACACCUACGAGGACGCCGGCAACUACAUCAAGGUGCAGUUCCUCGAGCUCAACAUGCGGCGCGACGUGAAGGAGAUCUAUUCCCACAUGACGUGCGCCACCGACACGCAGAACGUCAAAUUUGUCUUCGACGCUGUCACCGACAUCAUCAUCAAGGAGAACCUCAAAGACUGUGGCCUCUUCUGAGGUGCCUGAAUUCAUGCGUGUCAGUCACCCUGAGACCUGAUAGCCCUAGCUGCCUUGCAGCCCCAACCCCCAGGACCCUAUCAGCCCCCUGGGACUCCCUGGCCCCAACCUGCCACCUCACCAAAGCUCUGAGCCCUGCUAGCCUUGAGGCGCGGACCCUCCCCCAUACCUCCCACAGUAUCCCAGCGCCUCAUGCCCCCAACCCCAAGCCCUGCCCUUCACCGCCUGGCUGCACUGGCCUCUAGGACUCACAGCAGCCAGCCCCAGCUAGGAACGGGCAGGACUUGGGGCAGCUGAAGCUCACGGUGACUCAGCAGUGCCCAACUGACCAAUCUCCCGCAGCUCUCCUGCCCCUGCGGGCCCACGACUCACCUGGUGGGCCUGGGCUCAGCAAACAGCCCUCCCUCCCAGUAUUUCAUCAAGGACAGGGAAUAUCCCUCCCACACACAGGCCAGCUGCUCACCCUGCCACCUCCAUGUGACAAGUUUGACACCUGUCUACCCAGAGCCAGUGACUGUCCCUCCCAGCAGCCUCCAAAGGGUCCAAAGUCCAAGCUAGCUCUGGCCUGUGUGGCCCCCACAUAAAUAAAUUAGUGGGGAGGGGGCAGACCUGGGGGCCCUUGGGUGCCAGAGUGAGACACAGCAGGACCCUUCCCCAAAUACUAGGCUCAGAGCAACCUCCAGCCUUCUCCAGCAGGAUCUGCUCCCUGUGUCCUUGGACAGCAGAUCCACACACCACUUCCCCACCCACACACAGUACCCUGGGCUGGUUGGACAACAGGAUGGUGUAUUAAGGGGUUAAGGGAGGGUACUGUUGACACCAGCUAUGGCCAAUAGCUGGGCUGUCCUGAGGGGUGGCUGGGGACAGAGUCCAGCUCCCUUGGAUCAGCCCAGAGGAUUCAGGAUAGGACAAAGGCCCUGGCUGUGCCCAAAGGGGUCUACCUCAGGUGGGGUUACAAGCAAACCUGGGUGACCCUCUUGUCCCUACCAGCAGCUUCUCUUGCCCCUUCCAUUCAGGGUUCCCUGGCAGGGGAAGCUGAGAGCCAUGGCUGAACUAUCAGGGACAAAGGCCCAUGUCCCCACAUCCCUGCUCCCUCCUUCCUCAUCCAGCACCAAAUCUUUGCUUAUGUCCACAGGCCAGGGCCUGUGCUGCAGUCGGGGACAAGGAGCUUCCGUCUGGCAAGGCCGGGGCACAAUUUGCACUCCCCUCAGCUAGACGCACAGACUCAGCAAUAAACCUUUGCAUCAGG